CCACUAACGACGGAUGCUUUCUAUAAGUGAAACGUGAGAAUUUAAGAAGUUACUUAUCUUCCCAUUGUGUAAUUCACAUUAAUCAAAACUUUUACGUUGAAGGACUAAUAAGUAAAUUAUUUUUACUCUGUCAACAGUUAGGCUAUUGCAGUGAUAAUUAAGUGGCAAAGGACUGAAGGGCUUAUAAGCCUGGCUCAUAAGUCCAGUGAAAUUUUUGAAUGAAGGUAAGCAAGUGCCAUAUGUUGACUUAAAAAAAAGCCCACUGUGAGCAUGAUUGUGUUAUUCACUGUAGUUAGAUGUAAAAUAGUUCAUCAAAGACAAACUUCCUUGCUUUUAUGCUAAUAGUGCUUCGGAUGGCUGUUGUGCUUGGGAAUUACUAUAUCAGGACAGAUGAGCAGUGGGUCUAAUUCUGUGUACCGUCUUUGACAUGGCUUAGCACCAAAAGCUUAGGUAUUCCCACCUCUUAGGCUGUUUAUUUCCCAGAAUUAUUGUGAGCAGGACAAAUUAGCAACAGAUGAACUCUUUGCUAAACUCCUGACAGUGUGGAUUAAUUUAUGCUAUGCUGCAUGACAGUCUUAGCCAUUAUAUUUCUCAUGCAUUUUCUAAUACUGAAUUUGGCUCACAGUGUAAACCUGUAAUUAACUCCAUGUUUCAGAGCAUCCAAACAAAUAUUUCACUCCAGAGAUUUUUCUUGCUUUCAGAGUUUUGUGUUUUUUCAAGUUAAUCUUAUUUUUGUGUCUCUAACCUAAUACAGUUUUAAGGAAUGUUAGUUUGUUUUGUAUAGAUUAGAGAAAUACUACAUUUUUCUGCUUUUUCAGUUUACUUCCUUUGAAAUGUUCAUAAUGACUGAUUACAUUCUUUGCCAGUAUUUCUUCUGUGUGAUCAGUCAAGUUCCCCUUUAUUUGGUUAGGAGCUUUUAUGCUAUUAAAUCGCAGACAGGAACAUUUUAGAAGUUGGGUGUGUAAAGAAACCAUAAACAUUGACAAAAAGUGAAAAUUAGUUCCAGCUAUUACAAUUCACUAUAUUAACUAUUUGAACUGAUGGAUUUUCAUGUGACUGUUACUUGUGUGGGUAUAAUUUGAGUUUGCUUUCAAAGUUUUCCAUUUUUUCCCAGCAUUUGUCAAAAAUAUAAGAAAUGAGUGCAAUUAAGCAUGCACCCCUUUUUAAAAAAAUUCACAGGCAUCUGUGUUCUUUGUUCCCUCUUGUGGCCUGCCUAGGCAAGACUCUUGGGUUUCACUGUAUCAGUAAGCCAUGCAGUUGUCUUCCUCUGGGAAUCAAGACAAAUCAGUGAGGUCUGCAAACUGAUGAGGGUAACUCCAGUACUAGGGUUUUGGCUGAAUCCUGAAAUACAGUAAGAAAUAACACUGUAAUAUGUAGCAGAAAAAGCUUUUCUGGCUUUGUAAAUGAAACUAGAACUCUAUUGAACAAAAAUAAUAAAGGUGUAGAGAAAGCAAAUUUCAGCAGGGAAGAGAAGUCAAGAAUAUAUAUAUUUUUAAAUAUAUAUAUUUAGAGCUGGAUAUCGACUACAUGUAGAUAUUAUGCCUCCUGCUGGUUUUGACACCUGCUUAAAUUCCAACUGUAGUGAGUCUUUUAUUCUCAAUUCAGUAUCCACAUUUGCUUAUAAAUACAAAUUCAUUUUCGGAGUGCUUUAUCAGGUUACAAAGUAGGUAUUGGUUAAACGAAUGAUGGAAAAGAAGACAAGAUGAAACCUAUGCAAUAAGCUGUAAGAGCAUUGGUAGAAAAAAGUUCAGUAGCAUUGUAGUUGGGAGUUUUACAUGCUUUUAUUUCUUUUAAAGGUGACCAAGAAUGUUUACAUUCUUAAGCAUUGGGUCUGUGCCUAAAUACAAUACUCAACAAGUUAUGCCUUCCUUGGUUUGCCUCUGUAGCUGGUAAUUUGGGGUCAUCUAGCAAAAGGUUCACAGCAAUUCUGUGCAGACCCAGCAAUCCUGCUGGUUCGCCAAAGCUUCUUACUCUGAACCAAGUGUCAGGUCACAGUUAUCUUGAGGUCAGUGUGAAAACUGAUAGGCAUCAGCAGAGCUCAGCUGGCGAAACUUUUGAGAGUGUUCUAGUGAAAACUCACAAGGAGGUUUGAGAAGCUGUCAUUAUACUCACAUGCAGUCUGUCUUUUCCCAGUUUUCAAUGUUUUUGUUCCUUAACUCCUUUGUAAUACUCAGUCUAAAUUACGGAGGUGCCCAUGACCGGGUUUGAAUUCCAAGUGGGAAAUGCAUUUAAGUGUUGGGAUUUUUAUUUCUUCCUUUUUUCAUUUUUUCCUUCUUUUCACUGUAAUGUGUGUUUCUUUUUAAACAGCAUUAUUUUAUAGCCUUUUGAUUUUCUGCAUUGCUUCAGCUUGGUGCCUUUUUCACAGGUAAACAGCAAAUUUGGCACUUUGCUGAAAUGUUUUUACUCACUAACAUAUCUCAGAGAAUACUGUUGGUAUACACAAAGCGUGCUGGAAGAAUCCUGAGUAUGUUAAGUGCUGUGAAUUGUAUAUUCUUUAGGCUCCAUGGGGUUUUGGAUAAGCUGCGGUCUGUGACUACUGAACCAACUAGUGCAAAAUCUUCAGAAUCUAAUGUCUUUGAGAGCAACCUUCCUUCCAGCAAAAGCAGUUCAUGUGUGAGUGAUGAGAGGAGGCGUGAGGAUAUCUUGCCACCUCUUGCAGUUUCCAGCACUCGGACUGAAAGAAAUGACUCGAGAGUUUCAACGAGCUCACAGGAGCAAAGGAACACUGCUUCACGGCAGUCUUGUGAAGAUGGUUCUGCAUCCCGCUUAACGUCUACAGUCAAGCCUUUGAGGGAAUUGUCACCUUCUGAAGCUGUAAUUGACAUUAAACCUGAACCAGAUGAUCUAAUUGAUGAAGACUUAAACUUCGUGCAGGAGAAUCCUUUGUCACGGAAGAAACCUAUUGUAACUGUAACUUAUGGUUCUCGUCCUUCCACUGAAAUCUACCGACCGCCAGCUAGCAGGAGUGCAGAUGCCAGUAUACAUGUGCACAGAUUGUCACAGCAGGGCAACUUACAGGGGAGCCGGCAGUUAGACACACAAAGCUGCAGGUCUUUGGAAACAGGCCAGCUGUGCAAUCCAGAAGCGUUUGGCAGCUUAGCAGAGAGUUACAGACCCACCUCCAAACUUAGUGCUGAUAAAGUAGGCAGUGAGGAAGAAAGCUCCAGGAAGAGACGGUUGCCUGUUGUAAGCUCAGUAGUAAAAGUGAAAAAGUUCUGUAAUGAUGGGGAAGAUGAGGAGGAGGAGGAAGACUACGGAUUGCGAACAGGAGGCAUCUCCAGCAGUGUGUCUGUACCUGCAAAGCCAGAAAGAAGACCUUCAUUGCCACCUUCAAAACAGGCCAAUAAGAAUUUAAUACUAAAAGCAAUCUCCGAAGCGCAGGAAUCGGUUACAAAAACAACCAAUUAUUCCACUGUUCCACAGAAACAGACUGUUCCAGUUGCACCAAGAACCCGAAUUAGCCCAGAAGAAUCUCAGUUAGAAGUAAUCCAUGUGCAAAACAGACUGCCUGCUCUGAGUUCUCAGCUUCAAGUAGAAGAGCCAAAGGAGCAGACAGCUGAAGGUAUUCAAGGAGCUGAACAGAAGGAGCUCUCUUCUCGGCUCCAGAUGGAUCCUGUGAUCGAAGAUCCCUUGCAAGUGACUCAAGAUUACUAUGAUGCAGAAUCUAUGGUCCAUACAGAUACUAGGUCAUUUAUCCUGAAGAAGCCCAAGUUAUCAGAGGAAAUAGUGCCGCAGAAUCAGCAAUUGGGAAAGAGGGCUACAGAGGCAGUACGAGUACUCUCAGGACGUCUAAUACAGACACGAGACCAGCUUGCACAGCCAGAGAAACCUGCUAGUCCCAAGUUCAUCGUGACACUGGAUGGCGUGCCCAGCCCACCAGGAUACCUUUCUGAUCAAGAAGAGGAAGAUAUGUGUAUAACAGAAGGAUUAAAGCCAGUUACCCAAAAUACGUGUGCCGUCAAAGGAUUAAAAGGCCUUCGAGCACAGCAGAUGCAAAUUGUAACCAGGCAGCUAGAGAGCUGUGAUGUGGAUAUGGAGCAGUUAAAUGUGCUGCAAAAACAGGAGAAAGUGCUUGAGCGCUGCAAGUACUGGCCUGCCUGUAAAAAUGGAGAUGAAUGUGUGUACCAUCACCCCACACUACCUUGCAAAGUUUUUCCUAACUGCAAAUUUGCCGAUAAGUGCUUGUUCAUCCAUCCAAACUGUAAAUACGAUGCAAAGUGCACUAAGCCAGACUGUCCUUACACUCACGCCAGUCGACGAACCCCCCAUCCACCUCCUAAACCAGCACCGCUACCCACCCCGUCUGUAUCUUCCAGUAGUCCGCUGUGCAAGUUUUUUCCUGCUUGUAAGAAAAUGGAAUGUCCAUUUUACCACCCAAAACACUGCAGAUUCAACACCCAGUGUACGCGACCAGACUGCACUUUCUACCAUCCAACGAUUGCUGUACCUCCACGCCAUGCCUUGAAAUGGACUCGAACUCAAACCAGUGAAUGAUGAUGAGCCAACCUGGGACUGAACUUUGCCUCCUCUGGACAGUAGCAGAAAAGAAGAUGAACCACCAGGGGCACAGGAUGUUAGAAAAAUUCAUGCAUUUUGAACUUUUAAUAUACAUUGUUUUCAUAAAAUGAGGUUGAUUGCAUACUUGAAAUGUCUCUAAUUUUCCAAGUUUGUAAGUUUGAGCAAUUUUACAUUUUUUUUACACUGUAAGAAGAAAAUGUCUGUGUAAGAAAAGUUUUACUUUAAAUUCCAUUAAAAACUUUCAAAGCA